AUGGAUAACGGGACAAGUGAAAUCGAGCUUUUUGUCCGAUUUCCCGGAAGUGCUCGCAGUUUGAUCGAACGAUGUGUUGGUUCAGUUGCCAGCCAAUGGGCUGAGGAUAUUCUCAAUGCCGAACUAAAUGAUUCAGCUGGCUCCGAUUUCACGUGGAUCAUCGGAAAGCAAUUGUCCCAUUUGCAUACUGUGCUUGGUCGUCAUUUGAAACCACGCAACGGGUCCUGGCUGGAUCUGGAGUUAGAUCAGAAUUGUCCAACAAUGCACUCCCAUUCGACUAUUGCUCAUGCCAGUUUGGCAGUGGGAACUGCCGCUCUACUCAUACACAUUCUGUUGGUUUUCUCAGUAAAUCAUGGCCUUGUCCGGCUUUACGGUCCUUGUUUGUUGACUUCGAUUGGACUAACCGCGGCGCAUAAUCUCCUGUUGUUUGCUAGCUCGUAUAUUCCGACCAAUCUGGCAGUGCAUUUACGAUUCACCGGUGAAGCGAUGCACACGCCGGCGAAUGCCCAAACUAUUUUGUGCACCAUGGUCGAUGCCGUGUUGCACUACUUGUCCAUUUCAGUCCAUUUGUCCACAUUGUUCGCUCUGUUCGAACAGUAUCACAUUUCCAAAGGUGCCUACACAAAAACAUCCGGGAGUAGCGAGGUCGUUUUCAAACGUAACGAUCCCCUUAGCCGACUUAAACUGGACAAUCUGGUUAUGCAAUUGCCUUUGGGUAUUGUGCGCGGUGGNGCCUACAUGCCACGAAACUCCUCGUUCACUAUGCCCGGGUUAAAUUUGCUCGGUCCACCGGGGAGCGGCGGUUCCACGGUACCACGGAAAUCUGGUCUAACACAAGGGGGGGGGGCAUGCAGAUCAAGCCCCACGAGUUGUUCACCACUGACGGAAGCUGUGCAUAAUGUGUACGGGAAACAGCAUUUAUCUGUCGGCUGA